AUGAAAUCAGGAAAAUCACAACAUUCUACUCAGGUAACCCCCAUACCCAUUUUUCAAUCCGAAACUCAUGUUGAUCAUAUUGUAGCGAUUGAAAUGGAGGACAUUCAGGAUGAGGUAGAUUACUGGAAUUCUGCAAUUGUUUGUGUUAUUUUAGGUGCAAUCCCCCCAUUAUCUGUUAUUGAGGGUUUCUUUAGACGUAUAUGGAAGGAUUUGGGGGUAGAUAAGGUGGUAACCAUUGAGCAUGGGGUGUUUCUGGUGCGUUUCUUUACUGUGGAAAAUCGAGAUAAAGUUCUGAAUGAUAAUAGACCUACUUUUGAUAAGAAACCUGUUAUAUGUAAACCUUGGCAUAAAGAUAUUGUUGAUUUCAAGGAUGAGGUUAAAGUGGCACCAAUUUGGAUUCAAUUGAAGAAUUUAGAAUUGAAAUUUUGGGGAAAUCGAAGCUUGAGCAAAAUUGUGAGUUCUGUUGGUAGAUUCAUACAAGAAGAUCAAGCUACUGUUCAUAGAGACAAACUGCAUUUUGCUCGAGUGCAAGUUGAGGUUGCCUUAUCUCAAACCCUACCUGACUGCUUGAAAUUUCAAGAUGAACAUGGAAUGGUAAAGACCAUCAGCAUUUGGUAUGAAUGGAAGCCUACUGUGUGUGAUCAUUGCAAACUGUUAGGUCACAUAGCAAGUGACUGCAGGAAGAAGAAAAUGAAGAAGAAAUGGGUGGCUAAAUCCACUACAACUAACAACAACACAGUUUCAUUGACUGUAAAUUCAAGGGAGGAGUUUGUUCAAGCCUCUAAUCCUGUUAGAGUUAGGGUAAGCCCAAUCUCACAUGUGAGGGUCACCAACUCUUUCCAGGCUCUGGAAAUGCAGUACAACAGAACUGGUGUGGAAAAUGUAGUUGGGAACACUGCUGAUGACUACUACAAAAAAGGGUAUAGAGUACUGUUGAAAUACACUUUAUAG